AUGUUUACUGGCAUCGUGGAGCAUAUGGGCGUCGUGAUAGACUACAAGGACUACGACGCAUCUAAAAGUGGCGGCGGAGGUAUCUCCGUGAUGAUCGGUGAGUCAGCACAGGUACUCUCGGACUGUCACAUCGGGGACUCUAUUGCGGUUAACGGCAUUUGCUUGACCGUUACAGAAUAUGGACCCUCAUGGUUUAAAGUUGGUGUGUCACCAGAAACCAUUAGAAGAACCAACGUUGCUUCCUGGGUGCCCGGGUCGAAAGUGAACCUUGAAAGAGCUGUCGGCCAAGAUGUCAGAUUUGGAGGUCAUUACGUCCAAGGUCAUGUCGAUACCACGGCAAAGAUCGUUUCGUGUACUCCAGAAGACAACUCGCUAGUAUUUGGGUUCCAAUUGAGAGACAAAGAAUACGAGAACUACAUCGUGGAAAAGGGUUUUAUCUGUAUUGACGGUACGUCACUCACUAUUACUAACGUGGACUCAAACGGAACAUUCUACAUUUCCAUGAUAAAACAUACUCAGGAAUGUGUCGUCAUGCCGCUCAAGAAAGUUGGCGACUUGGUGAAUAUCGAAGUUGAUCUUACAGGCAAAAUCAUCGAAAAACAAGUCUUUGCUCAGCUCGAACAACAAUUAAACUCGGAAACUUCACCGCUUUCCAAACUAAUUAGCAAGCUGAUAGAUGCGAAGUUGGCCAAAACCUCUACGUAG